AUGUAUGAAUCACUAAUGCCUUACAAAUAUCUUGAGUAUGAAAAUAUUAAUAGGAAAAAUAAUGGGAUUGUGGCGAAAUUAGAGAAGUACGUCGGCCUUGAAAACAAUGUUUUAUAUUCAGCAAGUUUCACUACCACAUUAUCAUCUGAUGGAAAAGGAAAUUGUUUGGUUGAUGCCUGUCUUCUCACAAUGAUUGAUAUUCAAGUUAGUUCAUUACCUCUUCGUAAACAUUUAUCUGAUUACAUUAGAUUAAAUGAAAUAACAUUACGUGAUCGGUGGAGAUAUGCAAGAAUAUCGUAUGACCAAAAACCAGGAUUAGGCAUUGAUUUAGAUGCUAAUCUACUUGAUCAAGUAAACUAG